CAGCAGCAGUAUCACGAUUCACGAGCCACCUACCCUACACGCGCCACCUAUGGAUCAUCCCAAUCCUCAUCCGCUAGCCGCGUCCAUCCAACGAGAAAAAAGUGCGACGGCGAUAGCAGUUGAAGCACUGCUGCUGGCCAAUCUCUAGGCCUGCUUGCUGCUGCAAGAGACGGGGUUAAUUGCCGGCUGGGGUCGAUGGCGGCGGAGGCGAAGUUGCCGCUGCUGGAGGGGGGUAGGGGCGCGACGCCCGCGCAGACGCUGGGGAACAUCGUCGUCUCCAUCGUUGGCACCGGGGUGCUCGGCCUGCCCUACGCCUUCCGCACCGCCGGAUGGCUCGCCGGCGGCCUCGGCGUCGCCGCCGCCGGGGCCGCCACCUUCUACUGCAUGCUUCUGCUCUUGGAAUGCAGAGAUAAGCUACGAGAGCAAGAAACGGAGGAGGAGGGGGAGCAAGGCCACCAGCAUCACCGUUGCAACUACACCUACGGAGACCUGGGCGAGAAAUGCUUCGGUCCGAUCGGCAGAUACUUCACGGAGGCCACCAUCAUCCUCUCCCAGACUGGUGGCUCCGUCGCCUACCUCGUCUUCAUCGGCCAGAACGUCUCCUCCGUCUUCACCAGCGGGGGCCAGCUCUCGCCGGCCACCGUGGUCCUCGCGCUCCUGCUGCCAGUCCAGGCCACGCUCUCCUUCAUCCGGUCGCUGUCGUCGCUCGCGCCGUUCAGCAUCCUCGCCGACGCGUGCACCGUCCUGGCCGUGGCCACCGUUGUCAAGGAGGACCUCCAGCUCCUCGUCGAGGGCGGCCGGGCGCCAUUCGCGGGUCGGAGCGCGUUCGCGGGGCUCUGGGGCGUCCCGUUCGCCUUCGGCUUCGCCGUGUUCUGCUUCGAGGGGUUCUGCAUGACGCUGGCGCUGGAGGCAUCCAUGUCCAACCGGAGCAAGUUCCGCUCCGUGCUGCUCCAGGCCAUCGCCGGCGUCACGGCCGUGUACCUCUGCUUCGGCGUCUGUGGCUACCUCGCCUACGGCGACGCCACCAAAGACAUCAUCACGCUGAAUCUCCCGAACAACUGGUCUACCGCCGCUGUCAAGGUCGCGCUGUGCAUUGCGCUGGCGCUCACGUUCCCGAUCAUGAUGCAUCCGAUCCACGAGAUCGUGGAGGCGCGGCUGUUCGCGCCGGGCGGGUGGCUCCGGAAGCACUGCCGCGGCGGCGGCGGCGGCGUCGAGCGGGCGGUGCUGCACGCGAGCCGCGUCGCCGUGCUGGUCGCGCUGUCGGCGAUAGCGUGCUUCGUGCCGGCGUUCGGGUCGUUCGCGUCCUUCGUCGGGAGCACGGUGUGCGCGACGCUCUCCUUCGUGCUCCCGGCGCUCUUCCACCUCCGCGUCGUGGGCGCCGCGGCGAGCCCGUGUCAGCGGGCCGUGGACUGGGGCUUCCUCCUCUUUGGGCUGGUGUUCGCCGCCCACGGGCUGUCCACGGUCGUGCUGCGCCACUGACGAAGUGGGUGCAUCCAAGGUGCCAGCAAUUUUUCUUCUUCACAAUUCCUAUGGCAAUUCAACCAUUUCUACGAAAUUCAUACGUUUCAAACAGGCAUGGUCCUUGAUUUACAUGUUGCAAGCUCAGGCUCAGUUGCUGUGGAAGCCUCGCACGCAAAAUUUACAAUUUCAGAACAUGACAGACAAGUGCUCGAUCCAGCGAACAGAAGCUGGAGGAGCGGCUAUGCGCUGUGUUGAUAAGUUUCAUUGUAAAAUAAGAGUGAAUCCGUAAUUAGUACUA